ACACGAGCCGUUCGCGUGCAGGGCGGGAUAUAAAUACUCGCCACACGCAGUUGACGCCGACACACGGAGAUCCACGCUCGCAGCUGCACGUCCACUCUGACGGAUUCUAACACACUUUGACUCCGGGACUUCGCUUUUUUUUCAAUUUCUUUUCCGUUGCGCUUCGCCGGAACGUACUUUUUUUUUUUACUGCUUUUUGUGGAAAUUACCGCAUUUUGACGUGAAGAUGCCUGCCGACAUGAUGGAAAAAAGCUCCUCCUCUCCGGUUGCCGCGACCCCGGCGAGCAUCAACUCCACCCCGGAUAAACCCAAAACCGCCUCGGAGCACAGAAAGUCUUCCAAGCCAAUCAUGGAAAAGAGAAGAAGAGCCAGAAUCAACGAGAGCUUAGGACAGCUGAAGACUCUCAUCUUGGACGCGCUGAAGAAAGAUAGCUCCAGACAUUCCAAAUUGGAGAAAGCAGACAUUCUGGAAAUGACGGUGAAGCAUCUUCGGAAUCUUCAAAGAGCUCAAAUGACCGCCGCUUUGAACACAGAUCCGACCGUUUUGGGUAAAUAUCGUGCCGGUUUCAGCGAAUGCAUGAACGAGGUGACGCGCUUCCUGUCCACCUGCGAGGGCGUCAACACGGAAGUCCGAACGCGUCUUCUGGGUCACUUAGCGAGCUGCAUGACCCAGAUAAACGCCAUGAACUACCCAAGCCAGCACCAGCUGCCCCCGGCGGGCGCCCCCACGCACCCGUCCUUCGCUCAACCCCUGGUUCAGAUACCGGGUUCCUCUCCGCAGGUGCUGCCUAUGAGCGCCGUGCCGUGUAAAGGCGCAUCCUCGCCCGGCGCUCUUCCCGGAUCCGACGCCGCUAAAGUGUACGGUGGCUUCCAGAUUGUGCCUGCAACGGACGGACAGUUUGCUUUUCUUAUACCCAAUGCCACAUUCACCCCAAAUGGAGCCGUUAUCCCUGUCUACGCCAACAACAACAACGGAGGCACCGUACCGGCCGCAGUCUCACCCGGAGCCCCGUCGGGUAACUCGGACUCGGUGUGGCGGCCAUGGUGAAGCAGAGCGUUCUUUCCUUUUUUCAUGCUAGAAGUUUUUUGUUUGUCAAACGGAAAGAGUAUGCACUAUAUUUGUACAGCUAACAAGACUCAUAAAGUUCAUAUUGAAAUGAGAAUUUGUAUUGUGGAAGUCCGUUCACUGCAUUUUUUU